AAAAUUGGUCAAAACUCAAAUUGUUAUUUUGCUAGUUGCAAUUGCCGACUCUGAAGUUUGCUUGCAUUAUUGGAAAAAUAAGUCGAAACAAGUUUCUGUGUGUGUCUAAAUAUCGAAAACAUGGAAGGCUUUAUUGAAGUUAAUGAAAUAUCUGAUUUUUAUUCCUAUUUAAAGAGUAUUGAAUGGAGGGACCCCUGGCUUAUAGCUCUUCUGUCCUUUCACGUUCUUGUCACUUUCACCUGUUUUUCAACUAGAAAUUAUGGGAACUUCCAAAUUAUUCUAUUCAUAACACUGUUGCUACUCGUAUACUUCUCGGAGAGCAUAAACGAAGUGGCCGCGAGGAAUUGGACGUUGUUUUCAAGACAACAAUACUUCGAUAGCAAGGGCUUAUUCAUAUCAAUUGUCUUCUGCAUACCAAUAUUAUUGAACUGCAUGAUAAUGGUGGGUUCGUGGCUGUACCAGUCAACGCAGCUGAUGACAAACUUGAAGAAGGCGCAGCUAAGGCAACGUCUGAAAGAAAGGAACAUGCAAAGAGAGCAACAGAACUUAAAGACGGAGUAAGACAUCCCGAAUUCAGAAAUCACAGAAUUAGGAACGUACAGAAACCGUGUACACGACUAAUAUUGAAGCAUCAAAAACCACUCCACUUUAGUAGUGUUUCUCGAACAGGCGGUUAGUCACUUCAUUCCAUUUAGCAGUGAAUAUUUUACCUUUACCCUUAUGUUCUAACCGUUUACCAUACAUAGGGACAAAUAGGAUAAGUUUGUGUGCUAGCAACAUUCCGUGGGUGUGAAGUGAGACGUGCCCGGGGCAUUUACAGUGUUUUUGGACACAACGCACAAGGGUUCGGUAUGUUCUUAAUUCUGUGACGAAAAAACAACACUAUGGACAUCGGAUGCGACUGUUUCAUCCCAACUCAUUAAACGCAAAUAACUGUCUGCUAAAGAUAAUGAGUAACACAAUUUUAAUAAGCGCGUGUGACGUACAUUUCGCAGUGAUAAAACUGCUGUAAAUGCCUGAUUGCUUACUAGUUGUUAGUUUUAGUUCGGCACUCAAAAGUUUUCGUGUUUUUGUAGCUAUGUUCACGGUUUUGUAUAGUUAUCACAGCUAAUCAGACAGAGUCCUAAGCUGUUGUAAGACGUGAGUUUAAUAACCAUGGAAUACUUUUAGCACGUCACCCCAGUGUAAAAUUUGUAUGCCACAUUGGCAUUGGUAUUUAAUCACAGAAAAUAAAGCACAAUAGAAAUGCUAUCAUCUACUUAUUGUGACGAGUCGCCCCUUUUUACCUCUGUCCCAUCUUUUCACACAAACGCAUUAAAACGUGUCCAUACGAAAUGUAACGUCCAGUGUUUACAAAGAAUUCUGACAUAUGAUUAGUAAUCACAUCACAAGUAACAAACGCGUGUCCGUAAACUCUCACUCAUACAUCCCAAAAAGGACUUGGCACACCAAAUUUAUCGUUUUUCUAAAAAUUAUUACAUUAUUAUUAUUAUUAUUAUUAUACCGGUAUUAAAAGACCAAAUAAAAGAAAAAAAUUGCAAACAAAUCCUAUAACCCUGUGUGACCUUGUAUUGUCUGUUUAUUAAGUUAUUAGACUUUUUUGUGGCUUCUAUUUGGCGGAUUUUACCAUUUAGUCUUUAACCUUCAACUGUAGAAGCUAAGCUGGGUGCACUAUACGAAACUUUUUCAUAUUGAUAGUUUUAAAAUAAGAACACAUUUUAACGCCCUCUCAGAAAAGAAACGAUAUUGACCGUUCAUUCAUACUGCUUUGAAGAGCAAUGCUAAAUUUAAUUGCAUUUAUUGAACAUAUUUGUUACAAACAAACUAUACGGUAUUUCAUUCGUGAAACAUAAAAAGUACAUUUUGCUGCUGAACAUCUCAUAAACAGAAAGUAUACUGUAAACAUUAGUAUAUUGAUUAAUGAUGCCGUGAUACUUUAUUGUUAAUCGACUGAAAUCUUAUGUGAUAUUUUGCACGCUCACAACGGUUUAAAGUUAAAAAUUAGGUUACUUUAAUAUGACAACUGAAAAACAAGGUGACUCUUUUUCGUCAUAAAUGACUCUUUUUCGUCAUAAAACAGUGACCCAGUUAAUUUGUGCAAUGCCUUCUAUGCAUUGGUAAGAAGUAACAAAUAAAAAACAUACUAGGAAAAUUAAGGUCGGUGUAUAAGAAGCACCCUUCGAGUGUCAGCAACGCGGUCAGUUGCGGCAUCAAUUUAAUCAAUUGCAUUCUCUUCAUGCAUUAAAUAUUCGCAUAGGCACUUAUUUUGAUAGGCUGCUUCCAAAUUUUUAAAACCUGACUUGUGAUGUACCUAAACAAUUUGUUUCUUUACUCGUUAGUGUAAAGCAUGCUAUAAAAAAAGGUGAUAGCGUUGUGGCAGAACCCUUAUUUCCGACGUCAUCCAUACGUGGACCCUUACUCCGAUCUCAGGGGCGUACGGACUGUACUCUAGAAAUAUUACUUCUUCGAAAGAGAAUGAAAACAUUCUGGGGAAACCUGCAUGCUUGCGAAUGAUCCAUAAAAUUCUUUGGCCAGUUUUGUGGACUAUCGACUCAAACCUUCUAAUUCAAAGAUUUUUUUGCUCAAAUCUUAGGAUAAGCUGUUCUGCUAUGGAUCUCAUGUAAAGCUUCACAAUUCUAAUAAGAGUUCUUUUGUUCAAUUCAUAUAUUAUUGAUUGAUAUUACCGAAGAUACAUAAAUAAUAAAAAACUGAUUCCAAGAAGAUUCUAAUAAAUACACAAAGAAAUCUCUUGGUUUUUAUUACUAUACAUACUUUACACUAAAAAGUAAUUAAAAAAAUUGUUUACAUUAAAAAAGUUAAGAAAAAAUGGAGUACAUACAUUUUGUGUAGUAAAAGUAACACAGGUACCAAUUUUGUUAUACAAAAGUAUAACUUAAUUUGUACUCGUGUAGGCUAGAUGCGACCAAUAAAUAACAUGCUUUCGUCUUCUAUGUCAAUUAUUGUGUGCGGCCAUAAUAAUUUGUGCAAUAUAAAUAAUUAUAGAUUAAAUAUAAUAAUAAUAUACUGUAAGCAAAUAUAUUAAGGAGGUUUUUAUCACGUUUUUUAUUAGAAAUAGUUGUCGUUAAAUAUUAAUUGUUUGUAGUCGUUGUUACCGAUUUGAAUACGAAAAACACUACUUAUGUCCCUUAUUAAUUAACACAGUUUUUUAUUAGAGAUAUACCACCUGCUAAGUGAAAAAAUCUGUGUUGAAUGCACCAAUAGGAUGGCUUCAUUUUAGCUUUGCUGCUUUCAGUCACUUUUCUAACGAGUUGAUAACUGGUUGCCUUCGUACCUAACUUAUAAUUUGACAGCGACAGUUGCAUAUCGUAAAUUUUGUAGGGUUAAAAUUAUGUUUAGUUGCCACCAGUUAGCUACAUUGGCGAGCAUGCAUGUAUUAAAGCACUGCCUACCUUUAAGAAUUCAUAUAACACGUAUUUGAGUUGUAUUUUUCCAAUUCAUAUCAUUGUCGAUCUAUGGCAUCCUUGGUAAGAAACCCUUUGCACGUCAAUGACUUGCCGGAAUUUUACGGUUUAUGAAGCUGGGGUCUGGUGAUAAAGCUUGGCGCACGCUCAAUUGGGGAUUUUAAAUUUCGCCCUGGAUCUGAUUCCCUAGGUCAGGCCAAAUAUUAUUGGGUAUAAGGUUAGAGGUCGAGUAACUUUCAAUACCAAUCUGGAGUUAGGAAAUUUGCGUUGCUACCCCCGUCUCUCAAAUAACACAAGUUAGCAACAUCACUGAUCAUUCAACACUGAAUUGCAUUUAUUGAGAUUGACACACGUUGUACUCAGGUUACAGACACCGCCGCUCAUACCCAAUUUUGACCUCGCGAGUCUGGACUUGCGUGUUGAACCUUUAGGAUUUUUUUGGGUGAUAACACUAAUUGGUUAACUCUAGUUAUAAGGUAUACACGUCCAACCAAUCUGAGUUAUAUUCUCACAUCGCUGGUGGAAAGGCAUUGAUAAAUAAUAGAAACUACUUCCUUUAUAGAACGCAAAAUACUAUGUGAUCCAGUCACUUGCAUCCAGUACUUUGUGUUCUACAAAGUAUAGUGUAUUGAUUGUGAUCUACGUAGUUCUAAAUUCACAGUAAAGUACAUCAAUUUAUAUAUUUAAAUUAUUGCCAUAUUAUAUCUAUAAAAGGCAUUUUUUAUUUAAAUUAUUUCUCUUAAAUAUCUCUUAUAAAAAUUGGGAAUAUUUUUUAUGGGUAGAGUCCUAGUUUCCAACUUGCCUUGGUAAUAAUUUUAAAUAUCAGUCUGAUCUAGAGCGAAGCUUUGCUGGUCUGGGCUAGUUUGAUACAGAAUUAUUUGCAAUCUAAAAAACGUUAUAAAUAAUUAUAAUUGUGCUUUUCCAUUUCGUAUAUCUUGUAAGUAUAAUUUGACACUUGGUAGCCAUAAUUCGGACUCACUUGCCUCGUAAUUAAAUGAAUCAUAUUUUGUGUUAGUUGAAAAUUGAAUAUGCAUGAAGCUUAAUAAUUUUUUUCAUACGUACGAUAGUAUUGAUAUUAAAUCUUUUUGGACGAUCUCUAAUGCUGAAAAUAAAUUGACUGAUUCUAUGAAAUAUUAAACAUGAUAUAGUUUUUUUUUCUUGUUUGUCUUAUAACGCAACAAUUCUUUGA